GGCAAGCCUGAAUUGGCGUGUUGAGUUAGUAGUAGUGCGAGGAGUGCUGCAACGUCGUCGUGAACUGACUCAGACCCUCACGAGCCUCAUCCAGACAGAGAGGUCGAUCCGUGGCCAGAAUCUUGAAAUCCCACGCUUGACGGGUCAUUGCCGGAGGCGGGUCAGGAAGCAAAUUGCGGUGAGGCCGAUCCGCAGGGGUGCGCUGCCUGGAUCAUGGACUUCAGCCAGCUCUUGGGUCUGGCCAAGGAGAAGCAAGGCACCAAGAAAGCGGCCAUCACCAAUUUCUCCACCAAGGUAUCGGUGAAUAAGAAGAGUCCCAAAGAGAAGAAGCUCUCUGAAAAUGUGCGCCGCUUCUUGGAACAAAAGGACCAAGAGGAUCGGAGUCAAAAGGCCAAAGAUCGCCAGAAGCAAAGCAAACUGAUGGAAUUGCGUCGAGGCAACAAGAAAUCCGUCCGGGCCAUGAACUCGAUGCUACAGCGCACCAAGUCGGCCAACAAAGCUGUCAUUGCCGAGGCCCGCAAUUCCCGCGACACGGCCGACACCUUGGCCGGGCGCGAACAAUGUGAUGAAGAUGACUACGGCUACGAGUCGAGUAUCGCUCAAAAGUUCUACGAGAAACUGGUCACCAAAUACGAAGCCAAUCCCGUCGAUCCCAUGGACAAAUUCACCAAAACCGGCAACCUCAAGAAGUCCAAUAAGGAGCUGGGCCAAACCGUGGAACGUGUCAAGGCUUCUUUAACUCAUGGUGAGGAGUCACGGCCCGCCCGCUCGAGUUCGGCCCGCGGCCCCCGCGCCACCACCAGUCACGGCCAUUCCUCCUCCUCUUCCUCCUCCUCCUGCGGCACUGCCGCCCUCAUACCUAAGCCCAACGAGGAUACGUCCAAAAAGAAGCGCUCCUCGGAGGCCGAGGCCAGCCGGAAACGACGCGCUUUGGCCGCCAAGGUGCCGCCCCCACCCUCGUUCGAAGAUCUCAUGAAGCUGGCCAAGCAGAAGAGCAAAGAACCCGUCAAAGUGGACAAGUCCAAGGCCGUCAAAGAGUCUGAAUUUGGUCGACCCAUGACCAAGAAAGAGAAAGACGAUUAUCUCCGAGAGCGGAAUAGCUACCUGCGGAAAAUCGGAAAAUUGCCUCGAUCCUCCGAAAACACCAAUCCCGCCACCGCCGCCACUAGUAACAAAUCUCAACCCAGUAAUGGUAAACGUGCCGAAUCUCCCCAUUCCAAAUCAAAACCUAGUACAAGUGUCAAACCCGCGCCUCCGCCUGAGCCGCCCAAGAAGCCCGUAAUCGUGGGUCCUGAAUUUCAUCCGGCCGUGCUCAAAGCCAAGAAAGUGGAAGCCAAGAUGGCCAAAGCCAUUGCUCCUCCUCCACCGGCCAAACGGCCCAAGAUUCAGCCCCGAUCCCGGUCACCCUCACCCAUCCGUCCCGCCCGAUCCCAGUUGCAACAGCGACUGGAGCGAGGACGCCCCAAUCGCAUCGAAUCCGAAUCCGAGGGUGAGCCCGACGAGGAAGACGAUGAGGAUAGCGAAAUGGACGAUUUCAUCGAUGAUUCCGAUUCCAAGAUGGAUGUGUCCUCUAUGAUUGGGGCCAUCUUUGGCUACGACCGGAAUCGUUAUCGGGACGAGGAGCCCUUCGAUGAUCGGGCUAUGGAGAAUAAUCGUUUCUCGGAGGUAAUGAAGGAGGAGGCCCGUAGUGCCCGGAUUGGUAUGCAAGAGGACCUUGAAGACAUGCGAAUGGAGGAAGAGGAGAAGAAACGCAAAAAGAUGAUGAUGAAAAAGAGAAAACGAUAAGUAAAGGGCUCCCCUCUCUCUCAGCCGUCAUUAGCACAAGUGAACUAUAAGUGCGAUCUUCCCCUGCCCAACUAAAAGUCACUUCCGAAAACCACGUGGUCAGCAACUACAUGGGGAGGGCGCAUCCCCGUCAUCCAGUCAAUUACAAAGAAAAUAUAAAACACAAAAAUCACUGUUAUUACUAUUACACUUCAAUGUUGCCCUCCCUGUAAUGAUUAUGAUAUUUCUAAAGUUUUUUUACACUCAUUUGUACCAUGAAAUUUGAAUAAAGGGUGUGUCCUUACCGGUGUGUUAUCUGCACCCAUAUUCAAA